UCCGUAUAUAUAAAUUCUCACCUAAAAAACCCACGCCGUCACUCUGAAGCCUGAGAAAGCCGCUCGUAGCUUCGCCUUUUGCCCUCGCUUUCUCUCACUUCUUCUCACCACCAUCGCAGCCGUCGGACGCCGCCGACCACCCUGCGCCGACGAAGGGAAUGCGGCAGGCCCACGCGCUCCCAUAGGAUUCACUGGAGUUCUCGAUACCGCUGUCGGUUUAUCGCCGGAAAGCUCAGAUCAGGUGUUCCGACGACCUAGGGUUUAAUAGCCGAGUUCGAAUCGAAAAUGGCUUCGGAGGAUGUUAAGCAGAGCGAAUCCGCGGUCUCGACGAUCGUCAAUCUGGCGGAGGAGGCCAAGCUGGCCAGAGCUCGGGAGACUGUGGUGAAGGCGCCGAACUAUGCUGUCCUCAGCAUUUGCAAGUCUCUCGUCGCCGGUGGAGUCGCCGGAGGAGUGUCUCGCACAGCCGUUGCUCCUUUAGAACGUCUGAAGAUAUUGCUACAGGUUCAGAAUCCCCAUAACAUAAAAUACAAUGGAACAAUUCAAGGCCUAAAAUAUAUCUGGAGAACUGAAGGUUUCCGUGGAUUAUUUAAAGGAAAUGGAACCAAUUGUGCUCGUAUAGUCCCAAACUCUGCUGUUAAGUUUUUCAGCUAUGAGCAAGCUUCUAACGGAAUAUUGCUUUUGUAUCGUCAACAAACCGGCAAUGAGGAUGCUCAGCUGACUCCUCUCCUACGACUUGGAGCUGGAGCUUGUGCUGGUAUUAUUGCCAUGUCCGCAACAUACCCAAUGGACAUGGUGCGAGGAAGAAUAACCGUGCAGACAGAGAAGUCUCCAUAUCAGUACAGGGGAAUGUUUCAUGCUCUAUCAACUGUGCUUAGAGAGGAGGGUCCACGUGCUUUAUACAAAGGCUGGCUUCCUUCGGUUAUUGGAGUUGUUCCAUAUGUUGGUCUCAACUUUGCUGUUUAUGAAUCUCUCAAGGAUUGGUUAAUCAAAUCUAAACCGUUUGGGAUUGUUGAUGAGAAUGAGUUGAGUGUGACGACACGGCUGGCUUGUGGAGCUGCUGCUGGAACUGUUGGGCAGACUGUUGCUUACCCUCUUGAUGUUAUUCGACGGAGAAUGCAGAUGGUGGGCUGGCACAACGCUGCUUCUGUCGUUACUGGUGAUGGAAGGGGCAAGGCUCCACUUGAAUACAAUGGCAUGGUUGAUGCCUUUAGGAAAACUGUUCGGCAUGAGGGCUUUGGGGCAUUGUACAAGGGGUUGAUCCCCAAUUCUGUCAAGGUUGUGCCAUCAAUUGCAAUCGCAUUCGUUACGUAUGAGAUGGUGAAGGACAUUUUAGGAGUGGAGAUCAGGAUAUCUGACUAAAGGAGGAAGAGCUCCAUGAUAUUUGUUUACAUGUGUGGUAUUUUUGUAGGCAAGGGGAUAGAGAGAUGGUAAACUAGGGAUAAUUUCUUUACUUUUUGCCUCUCCGAAGUUAGUAGUUGCGGUUGAGCUUGUUGUUUAUAAAUUGCUUUCCCUUGUUUCCCGUCUAUGUUUCCUAUGAGAAUAUGAGUAGGUUUUCACCUCCCCAUUUGAUAUGUAUGCCAAUAAAUGUUUUGACGCUGCAGAAACUGCCUAUUUGAUGCUCCAUAAGAAUUCAGAAAUGAAUUCCUCUUUAUUUAUAGUGAUCUCAUACAACGAGCCUCUUUCUCUUA